GGUUUGCUUUUCUGUUUUUAUACGCAUAUUACUCGGUUUAGUCUCUUUUCACCUGUGAAUUCUACGAUCCCUUUUUUUCGAAAAUGUCCUCGUCCUCAGACAUCCCUAUUGUGACGAAUAUGAGUAUAAAGCACAAGUACCAAACAGCAGGCCAAAUCGCAUCCAAGGUUGUUGGAAGCGUCCUGCAGAGAUGCGUGCCCAGUCAGUCCGUGCGGGAGAUGUGCGAAGCGGCUGAUGGCAUGAUCAUUGCGGAGACCUCGUUGGUCUUCAAGGAAGAGAAGCAUCUGUACAAAGGGGUGGCGUUUCCAACCAGCAUCAGCGUCAACCAUUGUGUCUGCUACUUUUCCCCCUUCAAGAGCGACAAGGACCGUCUGCUGGAGCACGGAGAUCUUGUCAAGAUCGAACUGGCCGUUCACAUUGACGGAUGCGUCGCCUGUGUCGGGUAUUCACAAGUAGUCGGUGCUACGACGGGCAAUCCCGCGAGGGGACGCCCGGCGGACGUCAUGCUGGCGACACACGCUGCUAUGGAAGCCUACACACGGCUGAUUAAAGGCGGAGUUCCAUGGGAUUAUGGUCAAGUCAAGCAGUUAGUGGAGUCGAUAGUGGCGGGCUUCCACUGCAAGCUCAUGCACCUGCUGCCCGAGAGAAAAACCCAAUUCCACGUCAACGAAGUGGCUGAAUUGGAGGUGUUGGUCAGCACCGGCGAAGGGCUAGCUUACGAAUAUCUUGACACGGACGCCAACAUCUACCGCCGGACCGACCCCUCCGCUUCGCUACCUCGCUCUGUGUCCCGUAGUGCGAAGAAGUUCCUCGCUGCAGCUUAUGAGAAGUAUGGAACGUCCGGCUUUUCACUGCGCCACUUUGACAACGAGAAAACGGCGCGCCGGUCCGCCCAGGAGUGCGUGGAUCACGGUAUCCUGCUGGGAUUUCCGGUACUGUAUGAGAAGGAAGGCGAACUGGUGGCGCUGCUCAAAUGCACCGUGGGCGUCACCCCCACCGGCAUCCAAGUGCUCUCCGACUGUUCGUUGGACAUCAGUGCCUACCAGUCGGACUACAAGAUUGCCGAGGUUGAUUUUGAGGAUCUGGAGCCGGUGGUGGAGGAGAUGGCGGUGCCGAUCGACUACCACAGCAGCAUCAUCGGGGAGGCGGGCACCAACAUCCGCCAGCUGAUGGAUGCUUUCAAGGUCCACAUCAACAUUCCCGACGCGACCGAGCGGAGCGGCGUCAUCACGAUCCGCGGGCUGCGCCGCAACGUGGACGCGGCCAAGGAGGAGCUGGCGGCGCGCGUCAAGGAGCUGAACCGACUGAAGGACGGGCGGGCGCGGCGAGAGUAUCGCGUGGAGAUGCGCGUAGAUCCCCAGCUGCACUUCCAGCUGCUCGGCCAGCGCGUCCACGUCAAGCGGCUGCGCGACGAGUUCCAGGUGGAGCUGCAGUUCCCACGGGCCGAUGCGGCCGCCGAGAACGCCGACAAGAUCGUCAUUAUCGGGCUAGAGGAGAAGGCGCACGCGGCGCGCGCUCACAUCCAGACCCUUAUCGAGGUCGAGAAAAGGAAGGCGCGCGUGGAGGUGCCCCUGGACAGCCGCAUCCACGCCUGCAUCAUCGGCGACAAUCGCACCAGUUUGAAGCAGCUGGAAGACCGCUUCCAGGUCAAAAUCCACUUCCCGGUCCGCGUCGACGAGGACACCGACGUUGUGACGGUGGUGGGCGAGAAGGGGAAUGUGUACAACUGCAAAGCGGAGCUGAAGCGGCUGGAGGGCCUCUGCCUGCAGCAUCUUGUGAAGGCCGCGGGUCGGCAGGACGCCAGAUUGAAGGGGGAACCAGUCCAACCGUUCCCCCGUGGGCGACCCAAAAAGGGCACUAAGCCCCGCCCUGGCGUGCUGGAGGGGAUGCUUCGUCCAGGCUUACGUAAUCGUCGCGGGCGCACGUUUACCCGCGAAGAGAAAGCAGAAGUGGUCGGGGUGUAUCGUAUGUACCCCAAGGAAGCCGUAGCCAUCGCCCGCAUUCUGAAAUGUACGGGCGUGUCGAAUAAAACAAUUUACGCAUGGAGAGCUGAAUGUGAGCGCGCCUCCGGACACACACCCGGCGGAGGAUGAGUUGUUGCGUUUAGGUAUAAUGUACACAGGCAUAUUAUGAAAUGUUGGUCAUCGUUGAAUAGCACGAUGUAUACCAGUUUUGCGUAUUAUGACAAGUGUU